UCUCGCAGUCUAAAAUUGCCGUGCUCUAAAUAGAGGAUCCGGGUGAGAGAAGGACCAAGCCUGCGGCUUUCCCGGGGAGGAACCACAGUGCAGGCGCUACGUGACUUGCCCUGGACACCCAAGAAGCUCCUGUCAGCACACGGAGCUCCCACAUCCCGAGCCUGACCUCGUGUCGUGCACUCGUCCCGUGCAUGCGAGCGCCCUAGAACGCGCUGCUUGUUUUUAUACCGUCUGUUCCAGAGAAAUCCAGCUGGUAGAGGAGCACAGCGCCGUGAUUUAUUUGAGAACUCCCUCGUACUCGCCUGAAGGUCUCGCCGCCGGGGGAGGAGGGAGAGCGCGGGAGGCUGCGCUCCUCGGCAGCUGCUCCGCGCCCGGCCCGGCACCCAGGUAGAGGGCGAAGAGGGGAGCGGGGAUUUCCUUGGCUUCCUCCCAUGCACAUACCUCCCGGGGAGCGGCAGCGGCAGCCCGACUCCCCUCGGCGGCCGCUGGGAGGCUCCGCGCCUCGCCCCGGCCUCCCGGGCGCCGCGUCCCCGGCCGCGCUCUCUGUCGGUGACACCCGCCUCCCGCCCCCGCUCCGCUCCGCGCCGCGCCGCGCCGCGCCGCACGGAGGGGCCGCGGGCAGCUCCGGCACCGGCAGCGCCGACAGCCCACCGGCAAACACCCGCCCCCCAGCGCGGGCAUGGAAUAUACAAAAACACAAAGGAAAAGUGGCUGCUGGACUGUUCUGGGGGCAAAAUGCUGGAAGUUUCUUGCUGCUUAAUACUAAGGGGGGAGAUGAGCACUGAAAGCAAUACGGAUUUAUCCAGUGGCUGAAUUAAGUGAAGGCGAAGCGUGAUUUGGAAGUCCACUGACUGACAUUGUUCCGGACCGGGGAAUCUGUCUCUCUGAUUUUUAGAGGAACUACAGUUUAGUGGCAGCCAGCCGGACACAGUCACCACGCCGCAGAGUGGCCAGCAACGAGCGGGCGAGAGAAACGAGAAAGCACAAAGACUGAACUAACCCGACCCUCCUCCUCUUUCUCCUCCUUCCCCGGCUCUUUAUUUGCACAUUUACUAAAGACUUAAAAGAAAAAAAAAAAAAAAAAAAAAAAGAGAGAGAGAGAGAAACCCCAACAAACCCACUCCAGCUAACCUACGAGAUUUUCGGUCCACCGGGGGUUUCUCCGCGCCGCCGACCACGGCAAUGCCUUAAAUUUUCACUUCAAGGAAUAACACCCCCCGCUCCCCCGAAAUAAAAUAAACCAAAUAAACCUGCCAAGUCUCACUCAUUCCCGACGGAGAGCUCCUUCGUCCAGGGAUUAAUUUUGAAGGCAGCGGCUCGCUUUAUUUGGCUUUUUUUUUUUUCCCCUUCUCCUCCCCCGGCGGAGCCCCGCCGUCCCCCCUCACCGGGCGCCCCUCGACCGGGGCUGCCCGGUCCCGACCCCCGCCCCUCCCGCCGGCCGAUGCUGGCGCAGCCCUAGCGACCCCCUCCCGC